AACUCUCUCUCACGUUGUGGCUUGGAAAUUAGAGCACAUUGCCUAAAAUUGAGGUCUCCACAUACACACACUCAUACACGCCGAGUCACCGCGAGCCGCUGCCAUGAACGCUGAGGACAUGAUCCGCAGGGCCGAGACGCCUCUCUUCUGGGUCGGUGCCUUCACUGUGGCCUCCCUGGCGCUGUGGCUGAUCUAUAAGCUGCUCUUAGGCUUCAGGAUCUGGGUCUUGGGAAAUGGACAGCUGCUCUCCCCAAAGCUGGGCAAAUGGGCAGUUGUGACGGGAGCCACAGAUGGAAUUGGGAAAUCCUAUGCGGAGGAGCUGGCUCGCCGAGGAUUUGCCAUGAUGUUGAUCAGUCGCUCCCAAGACAAGCUGGAUGACGUGGCCAGAUCACUCGAGGAGCAGUAUAAAGUGGAGACCAAGACAAUUGCUGUCGACUUCGGCAAGAUGGAUAUCUACCCCAAGAUUGAGGCAGGGUUGACUGGUCUGGAUAUUGGGGUUCUGGUAAAUAAUGUUGGUGUGUCUUACCCCUAUCCUGAGUACUAUCUCCAUAUUCCUGAUCUGGAAAACUUUAUCACAAAUAUGAUCAACGUCAACAUCACCUCAGUGUGCCAGAUGACCCGUAUUGUGCUGCCCAGAAUGGUUCAGAGGUCCAAAGGCGUUAUCCUCAAUAUCUCCUCUGCUAGCGGCAUGUACCCCGUCCCUCUGCUGACAGUCUACUCUGCAACCAAGGCCUUCAUGGAUUUCUUCUCUCGUGGCCUUCAGGAGGAGUACAGGCGUCAGGGCAUCAUCAUCCAGAGCGUGCUGCCCUUUUUUGUGGCCACCAAAAUGACUCGCAUCAGGAAGCCUACCCUGGAUAAGCCCACCCCAGAACGCUAUGUGGCAGCUGAACUCACCACUGUGGGUCUGCAGAGCCAGACCAAUGGCUACUUCCCUCAUGCUGUUAUGGGUUGGGUAACUACCAAGCUGGUGCCAAGCAGCAUUGUUAUCUUCCUGGGAGCCAGAAUGAACCGCCUGCAACGCACUGGAUACCUUCACAGGAGGAAGCUGCGGGAGCAGAAGAACGGAGCAAGUUUGAAAGCCGAAUAGGAAGACGGCCGAUUAUGACCCCUUACAGUGUAUAAAAAGAAAAGGAAAAAAAAAUAACAAAACAAACAAACAAACAAAAAAAACAAACAAACAUCCAGAGCUGCCUAAGAUUGAAUCUUUUUGUGCCUUUCAGUAAAAGCGCACAUCAGAACAUGCUGACUUUGUGUUUAAAACUGCAACUCUUUGCCUUGAUAAUGGUCUGCAGAGAGAGCAGCCAAAGAAGUCAGAUAGUGAAAUGAUAAAGUGCUAAUAUUUGAAAGGGACAUAAAAAUAAAAAAUAUAAAAAUAAAAAAAAAGUCACUGACACUAAUGGUGAGUCUGAUGCA